GUAUCAUCUGCUGUGCUUCGCGAGGACAUUGUCAAUCUUCUUGAUUUCAUGGAGAGGUUAAAGAAUGAAGAAGAUCAAAUUGUUCUUGAUAUGGAUCAAAUUGAAAAGCGGAAAUUGGAGCUGACAUUUUUGUCGGAUGGUUCUAAUGCCGACAUGUCUUCCAUAUCAUAUGAGGUUCAUGAUCUGGUUCAGUCACUUUUUCAUCAGAGUGGAGAUGACAUGCUGGUUAAAUUAAAGGAUCAUGUCGUUCCUCACCUCCUUGAAAAUAUCAAAACCUCUAUCAUCUCAGAUCAUCAUUCUGAAUCAAGCGCCACCAUGACUGAGGAUCAGUUGGUUGAACUUUUGGACUCUCUCCUUGUGAAUCUCCAUUAUCUACCCAAGAAUGUAUUUGGCAAUUUAAGAGAUUUCCAUGGCCUGAAAGUAAAUGGUUGCAUUGAGCAUAAGGCAAUUGAAUAUGUCUUACCGCAGUUUCAACUUAUGGCUGAGAGAGUAAGGCACUUCUAUAAAAAAGAUGAAGAUGAAAAAGACGAAGAUGAAGAUGGAACAGAUGAAGAAGAUGAAGAUGGAACAGAUAUAAUUCCGGUUUCACUGGAGGUUAUGCAAAUAUGUUCUACAAUGUUGGAAGCUUCAAAGUGGGCAGAACUUGAAUGCUUCAAAAAGAAGCUCCUAGAAGCAUCUCCAGACAUUCUUAGAGAACAUCUGAUUCACCUACAACAGCACAUGUUCGAUGUUCGUGCUAGGUGCACAGUCGACCAGGAAUGUAAUGAGAAAAAGUUGUUGCAGAAAAUUUUCAAUCAAGUUAUUGGUUUGAAAGAAAGAUUCAAUGAGGAUGACAUAGACGAUGACAUUGCUGAUAAGUUACGGAAAGAACUGUUUGGAAAGAGGUACCUUGUUGUCUUGGAUUACGUGUGGGAUACUGCAACACGGGAUGAGCUAACAAGACCAUUAUACGCCAUUCCAUCUGAAUUUCAGAACGGUAGCAGAGUUAUUUUAACAAGUCGAAAAAAGGAAGUGGCUUUGCAUGGAAAAUGUCAUAGUGAUCCUCUUGAUCUUCAAUUGCUAAGACCAGAAGAAAGUUGGGAGUUAUUCGAGAAAAGGGUGCUCGGAGAAGAACGUUGCCCUGAUGAACUAAAAGAUGUUGGAGAGAAAAUAGCCGAAAAGUGUGAUGGGCUUCCUUUGGUACUUGAUUUGAUAGGCGGAGUCAUUUCCAGGAAAGAAAAGAAAGAGGCUUUAUGGAUUGAAGCUCUCAAUAAUUUGAGUUCCUUCAUUUUUAAGGAUGAAGAGGAAGUUAUGAAGGUUAUACAAUUAAGUUAUGAUCAUUUAUCAGAUCACCUGAAGCCGUGCUUUCUGUACCUUGGAAGUUAUCCAAAGGACAAAAAUAUUAGGAUCUCUUGGUUGAAAGAUUUAUGGAAUGGUGAAGGACUUCUGGAACCAACUGAUUUGAAGAGUGUGGAAGAAGUAAUCGGAGAAAAGAGAAAUCCUUGUGCUAAACAUCUCCUCUCUUUGAAGAUAGAAUCUGGAUUUCUGUAUAACUGUCACCUAAGACACUUGAGGCUUCUUAAAAGGUUGGAAGUGCGUUUUAUAAUCUUGUCAGAUACUGUGCUGAAUGAAAUAGGCAUGCUUGUUCAUUUGAGGUGCUUAAGGAUUUCGAUGCAGGCAGCUGCUCUCCCUCCAUCAUUUUCAAACCUCUGCAAUCUAGAAACUCUGGUGGUGUAUAAUAGUGGAUCAAACCUGGUAUUAUCCCCUACUAUCUUGAGUCUUGCAAAGCUACCAUAUGUGGGCACCGAAGGUACUUGUUCUAUCUUUGAUUCGGAUAAUGACAAACCAGCAAAUUUAGAGAAUCUGAGCACAUUAAGUUCAGCAGCAGAACAGAUACAUUUUCCAAGAUUGGAUGUACUUAAUAAACUUGAAAGAGUUUAUGCUGUUACUGCUGAUGAAUCCUUUCCCGUGCUCGAGGAAUUAGUUAUAUCAGAUUGCUAUGAGCUUAUAGAGAUCCCAAAGAGUUUUGGAGAUAUUGCUUCAUUAAAGUCCAUCUUCGUUUGGGAAAGUUUUCAGCUUGAAAAGUCGGCACUCAAAAUCAAGAAAUAUGUUGAAGAAAUGACGGGAAAAGACGAGCUUAAGAUGGAAACG